UAUAUGUACUGGACUAUGAAGCAGCAGUUAGCCCAUCACACAGUCAACGGCUGUAACGUCAGACCUGGAGACCUGCUGGCCUCAGGAACCAUCAGUGGACCGGAUCCAGACAGUUUUGGUUCUAUGUUGGAGUUGUCAUGGAAGGGUUCUAAGACUGUGGACCUGGGAGGAGGAGAGACAAGAACCUUCCUAAAGGAUGGAGACGAGGUCACUCUUACAGGUUACUGUGAGGGGAGUGGGUAUAGGGUGGGUUUCGGACCGUGUGCGGGGACCAUUCUACCAGCCCUGUAACCUUGACAAUCAUCCACCCUCAAUGUCUCUUCCAUCCUGGGGGGAGUAAUGUUGUUACUGAAGUCCUUUAAAAGGGACAAUCCGGGAUUUUAAAUACAACAAAUCAGUCGGAUGGAUGUACGUACCAAUCCAGGAUUGACCCUUUAAAUUUUCAUUGAGGAUUAUGGUUUAUCAUUCUAAAGUAUUGUUGCCAAAAGCAGUGUUAUAUUCCAUAAUGUUGUAACUAUGUGGUUUGGGACCUGACAUCUAAAAACUAUAGAUGUUUAAACCCUCCUGUAACUAUGUGGUUUGGGACCUGACAUCUAAAAACUAUAGAUGUCUAAACCCUCCUGUAACUAUGUGGUUUGGGACCUGACAUCUAAAAACUAUAGAUGUUUAAACCCUCCUGUGACUUUGUGUUUUGUCUUCAUCCUAUUGACUUACUGAGUGACAUCUUUAUGGUGUAAAAUACUGUAGGUAAAAUCUGUGCAAAAGUACCAUAAAAUGCAUUAUAAUCUGGCAGUAUAAUUUAAUUUGACACUUUUCUUGAACAAUGUGCGUUAUGAAAAGGUGAUUAUUUAACUAGAGUUUAAUUAACUGAGCGAUUCAUAAAUAUAGUUACCUUUUUAUUUUGCACUUUGCUGAAGUGGCAUAUUAAAACAGAUUCCUUUGCACAGAUUUGAAUAUUGUUGCACCAUGAAUAUAUUGCCCACUGUCUAGUACCCCUUACCUCACGAGUCAGGCCUGGCGUUCUCUUUUAGGAAAUAUCUGUAAUAUUAUUUUACUAUGUUGUUGGCAUAUCUAAUCAAUAAAGCUGUAUUCAUGUG